CUCACGUGUUUCACAGAUGACGUUGCACAUUCAUCAACUGCAAAUAUAUCGAAGUACGUCUCUAUCUUUUUGGUUUUAGCUUUGUGCUAGUUUAAAACCAUUAAAAUAAUUGAAGGUCACAAAAAAUGAGUUGUCCAGAGGAUAAGCUUUUGAUUACAGAACUGAACAAGCAGGAAUGUCACUUCACAUGGAAUAUGAAUAAGAAAGACACAAACAUCACUGAUCAUUUAAUUAAACUAGAGGACAAUCUUGACUUAAGUCUGGGUAAUAAGGCAGGUACCGCACACACACACAACUCUUUGGCAUACGUUAAGUAUCUGUUGGGUUCUUAUGAAGAAGCCCUAACAAACUUGAAGAAAUCUGUGGAGCUCACUAAAGAUUUUUAUGGAGACAACUGUGAUGAGAAGCUCAUUGUCACUUAUGGAAAUUUUGCCUGGUUACACUUUCACAUGAAAAAGUACGCUGAAUGCAGAAGUUACCUGGAAAAACUGAAGGAGAUCAAAGAAAAAAACACAGCCGUCUCUACAUCUGCUCCUCAUCCUCAAGUGCUUGGUGAGAAGGCAUGGGCCUUGUUUAAAUUUUCACGCAAAUACUACCGCAGAGCUGAGGAGUGUUUUAAAAAGGCAUUGGAGCUGGAGCCAGAAGAUGGUGAGUGGAACGCUGGUUAUGCCAUUGUACUAUACAGAACAGAAACUAAAUGUGCGAGUCCGGAGGAUUCAUCUGCCUUAAAACAACUCAGACGGGCGAUAGAAACAAACCCUGAUAAUGAUGAACUGAAGCUUCUUUUAGCUCUGAAACUCGCUGAAUUUAAGCUGUUUGAUGAGGCUGAGGAUCUGGUGGAAAGGGCUCUUGAGAUGUCUCCAGAUAGUCCACAUGUGAUUCGAUAUGUGGGGAAAUACCUGAGAAACUAUGGGUCUGUAGACCGGUCCAUUAGUCUGUUAAAAAGAGCAUUGGAUGUUUCUCCAAAUUCAGCAUUCAUACACCAUCAGUUAGCUCUCUGUUACAAAAAGAAAAAACAAGAAUUACACAAGGAAAGUCAGAAAUUUUGUCAGUUAUGCAUAUCUCAUCUUGAGAAGGCUAUAACUCUGAAGAGUGGAUUCAUAUAUGCAAUGACAGACCUAGCAUUUCUCUAUGGUGAGAACGGACAGAUUGAUAAGGCGGAUGAUGUUUAUCAAACAGCCUUGUCCAUGGCUGAAGGGAAUACUGAAGAUCUGCAAGCACUAUACUUGCAUUAUGGAGGGUUUCAGGAACACAGAAAAAGAUGUGAGCCAGUUGCUGUCGACUACUACAUGAAAUGUUUUAAAAUGGCACCAAACACACGAUACGGCAUUAAGAGUGCUUCGACACUGAGAAAGAUUGCUGAAAGACAUUUGUUUAAAGCACAAAUGACACAAUCGCUUUAAGGAUAGUUGAAUUUAUUGAGCAAGUAACAGGUAAUAAACAAACGCCUGCGGAGGGAUGUGAUGCAAUGGGGAGUACAACUGUUUAAUAUAACAUUGUUUAAGAGGUACAGUAAGAUAUUGUAAGAUGCUGGAAUUUAUUAGAACUUGUUAUUCUGAUUUUAUUUUACAAGUAGACAAAUAAAGUUUAUUGUUUUUUAUCACUAAGCUUUAACAAAGUUUAGUCUCAAAAAUGUGUUUCUAAAUGAGCAUUUCACCCGUAGAAACAUUAAUCUUUAUUGAGAGUGUGUCAUAUUUGUAGUCGAAAUGUAACAUACAUUUAGAAUUUGGUGCCUAUCUGACCGUUUGUAGUCUCACCCCCUCAACAAAGAUAUUGGACUUCCUGCUUUCGUGUGUGUGUGUGUGUGUGUGUGUGUGUGUGUGUGUGUGUGUGUGUGUGUACUUCGGUAAAUGCAGUAGCAUAUUAGCGCUAUUUAUUUAUUAUAAAUGUGCCUGAUGCCCUGAUGUAUUGUACCAAAUUACUUUUUUUGUUUCAACACACUUUUUAUUUCUUAAAUAAAAUUUAUUUUGUGACUCUAAAUUUGUUCGUUCAGUGUCUCUCUGCGAUGAAAAGCAAUGACUGUAGGGAAAGAUCACGCGUUCAUUCUGCAGUUAGAACUGUUAGUUGUGAUAUAAAACCUUUAUUCCUAGUACGACAUUGAACACCUUGCCUGACCAAUAGAUGGAACUGUUGUC